CUGGGUCUUGAAUGAAUGAGGAGUUCUAUUUUCCUCCUGACUUUAAGACAGCACUAACAGCCAUGGCUUCCUCCAGCUGUUCACUCACUGAUGAACAAAUGAAGUGUGGUAUCUGUCUGGCCGUGUUCACUGACCCAGUCACAACUUCAUGUGGACACAACUUCUGUGAAGUCUGUAUCGAUGCAUGCUGGGACAGUGGACAGAUCUUUGUGUGUCCAAUCUGUAAAAAAGAAUUUGAAACGAAGCCAGAACUGAAGAUUAAUACAGAGCUUGCAAAGGUUGUUGCUGAUCGUAUGAAGAUGCAAGAAAACACCAACAAAUCUAAUGUUGUAUGUGACUUCUGCCUUGGAAACAAACUAAGGGCAGUAAAGUCUUGUUUGCAGUGUAUGGCUUCCUAUUGUGAGACUCACCUGGAGAAUCACAAAACUGCACCCAGACGCAUGAGGCACAAACUGAUCAGUCCUGUGGAGAACCUGGAAGAUUACAUCUGUACCAGUCAUGAGAAACCACUGGAGAUAUUCUGCCGAGAUGAUCAGACCUUUCUGUGUCUGUUCUGCACUGAAACAGAACAUACGAGUCAUGACACUGUUUCAAUAGAGCAAGAGAAUUCACACAGGAGGAUUCAGUUGGGAGAGGAACAUAGAGAUGUCAAAAGGAUGAUCCAGGAAAGACAAAAGAAGAUUAAGCACAUUCAAAACAUAGCAAAGCGAAACAAGAAAAACGAUGAGCGAGAUAAAGAGUGCAGCGGUGAGCUCUUCACUACUCUGAUCCGCUCCAUUGAGAAAUGUCAGUCUGAACUGCUUGAUCUAUUGGAGGAGAAGCAGAAAGCAGCAGAGAACGAGGCAGAAGAUCUCAUGAAAGAGCUGGAGCAGGAGAUCACUGAAUUAAAGAAGAGAGACACUGAGCUGGAGCAAAUCUCACACACUGAGGAUCAUCUCCAUCUUCUUCAGACAUACUCAUCAUCUGCAUGCAGCCCUCUGCAAGUCAAGUCCUGGACCAACAUCAGCAUCAACACUGAUCUCAACACAGAAACCCUAAAGAAAACUUUUACCUGCCUCCAGGAGAAUGUCCAAAUGGAAGUGAAAAGGUUUUUUGAGACCACUCAACCUUCAGAUAUUCAAGAAUUCAACUUUUUACCAGUACCUACAUCUUCUGCAUCAGCGCUUGGAGAGAAUACUAUUGAAACAAACUCAGCGAAAGGCAUAUUUGUUUUCAGCAGCACAAAUACAGAUUCUCUUAUGAAGCUUUCUUUACCUGUACCUAAAAGUUCUCCAGCAAUGAAGAAAAAGAAUGAAUGUGUUCCAUUUGGCACACAGCAAGGCACCCUGACAGAUUUCUCUGAAACAAAAUCCAGCGAUGUUCUGAAAGAAGGAAAAAUCUACUUUACUCUGGGUAAAAUGGACAAAAGCACUUGCUCUCUGAAGAAAGAAGUAAAAAUGAAUAAAGUCAAGCUCGCAAACUUGGAUGUGGAUUUGAGUACAAUACAGAAACUUUAUGCAGUGGAUGUGAUUUUGGAUCCUAACACAGCUUACCCUAAACUUACUCUGUCUAAGGAUGGGAAACAAGUGAAGUAUAAUGGAACUUGGAUAGAUGUUCCGAAUAAUCCUGAGAGGUUUGAUUGCUCCGCUUGUGUCCUGGGAAGGGAUGGAUUUUCCUGUGGAAGAUUUUACUUUGAGGUGCAAGUUGGUGAUAAACCUGAAUGGGACAUAGGUGUAGCUAGCGACUCCAUUAACAAAAAGGGGAAAAUAACAGUGAGCCCAGACAAUGGGUUCUGGACAGUAUGGCUUAGAAAUGGAAAUAAAUACAUGGCUAAUGAAUCAAGCCCCAUUUCCCUUUGCCUAAACGAGAAGCCUGAGACGGUGGGGGUCUUUGUGGAUUAUGAGGAGGGUCUGGUCACUUUUUAUAAUGUUGAGACCAAGUCUCUUAUCUACUCCUUCACUGGUCAGUCUUUCAAUGAGAAACUCUAUGCAUUUCUCAGCCCUUGCAACAGUAGAGGAGGUGUGAACACAAAGCCUCUGAUCAUCUCCACCGACCCGCAGUGUACUUACUAACCCCCUUGAUACUAGUAUAGAGGUUUAGGGCUUGGUGACAUCCACUUCAGGUUUUUGAUUAUAUUUCAUAUAGUUUAACCCAUGUGCAUCAAUUUAAAAAACUCACACUUAGGCUGAAAAUGGACAAAAAUGUCCAUGUCCAAACACAGUCAUAAAAAUAUUAUAUAUACAUAUUUUUUCACACUUUCAAUGACUUCAUUUUUUUCACUAGAAUAAGUUCUUAUCAAAACUAUACCAAGCAUUCAUUCAUUUUUAGAAUUUUAACUCUUUAAAUACGAGUUUGAUUACAUGGUGACCCUGUU